AUGGAGUAUUUUGGACAGAUUUCUAUUGGGACCCCUCCUCAGAAUUUCACAGUGUUAUUCGAUACUGGCUCCUCCAAUCUCUGGGUUCCAUCAAUCUAUUGUGUCAGCAAAGCCUGUGCUGCGCAUUCCAGAUUUCACCCAUCAGAUUCCAGCACCUACAGUAAAGUUGGGACUCCUUUCUCGAUUCAAUAUGGGACUGGUAGUUUGUCGGGAAUCAUCGGAUCAGAUCAAGUCACUGUUGAAGGCAUCACUGUCAGCAACCAGCAGUUUGCAGAGAGCGUCAGCGAGCCAGGAAACACUUUUCUGGAUUCUGAGUUUGAUGGGAUUCUUGGGCUGGCCUAUCCAUCACUGGCAGUGGAUGGGGUUACCCCAGUGUUUGAUAACAUGAUGGCACAAAAUCUGGUGGAUCUGCCAAUAUUCUCAGUCUACAUGAACAGGAACCCGGAUUCCUCUGUUGGGGGAGAGCUAUUAUUUGGUGGCUUUGAUCCUUCUCAUUUCAGCGGGACUCUGAACUGGGUGCCAGUCACUAAACAGGGAUACUGGCAAAUCCAAUUAGACAACAUACAGGUGGGUGGGACAGUUGUCUUCUGUGCAGAAGGAUGCCAGGCGAUAGUAGACACCGGGACCUCUCUAAUCACCGGUCCUUCCAAAGAAAUAAAAGAAAUGCAAAAUUAUAUUGGUGCGGUGCCCAUGGAUGGCGAGUACACCGUGGAAUGCAACAACCUGAACGUGAUGCCUGACGUUACCUUCACCAUCAAUGGGAUCCCCUACACGCUCAGUCCCCAGGCCUACACCCUCAUGGAUAAUAGUGACGGCAUGGCAUUCUGCACCAGCGGCUUCCAGGGGCUGAACAUGCAACCACCAGCUGGGCCGCUCUGGAUUCUGGGUGAUGUUUUCAUUGGCCAGUUUUACUCUGUCUUUGACCGUGGAAAUAACAGAAUUGGGCUGGCACCAGUUGUCCCUUAAGGCAGUGUUCCCUAAUGGUCA